CGGCAGGGAGGGGCGGGGCCGUCGCGGAGCCACGGUUAGUCUCGCGCGGCGGUCGUGAGCGCGUGAGUUAUCCAGUGCGGUCCCGCGCGCAGGUAGGCGGCAGCAGCAGCAGAAAUAGUAGCGCCGCCUGAGAGAACCAUGAAGCAUUACGAGGUGGAGAUUCUGGAUGCAAAGACCCGGGAGAAGCUGUGCUUCCUGGACAAGGUGGAGCCCCAAGCCACCAUUGCCGAGAUCAAGAACCUUUUCACCAAGAGUCGUAAGUCUGGGGCCUGGAUGCACUGCCCCUUGCGACCCCUCUGGGCAAGGACCUUUAGGUGGGACCUCAUUUUGCAGAGAUUCCCCCUGUGUGGCCCAGGCUUCUGUGGGCUUGCCUGGAGCAGGCGCCCCCACGUGGCCAUUGGUAGGAACGCCCUUGCUGGGCUGUCGGAAGGACAACAUCCGGCUUUGCUUGCUCUUCCGGUCUGUGUCCUGGAGCUGCACGGGCUUUUGCGGGGCGGGGCGUGGGGGGAGAGGAGUUGCUGUAGGGAACUUGGGUCCCACCAAGCUGUGCACUGUGACAUCUCAUUCCCCACAGAUCCGCAGUGGUACCCUGCCCGCCAGUCCCUCCGCCUGGACCCCAAGGGCAAGUCCCUGAAGGAUGAGGACGUUCUGCAGAAGCUGCCUGUGGGCACCACGGCCACACUCUACUUCCGGGACCUGGGGGCCCAGAUCAGCUGGGUAACGGUCUUCCUGACAGAGUACGCGGGUCCCCUUUUCAUCUAUUUGCUCUUCUACUUCCGGGUGCCCUUCAUUUAUGGCCACAAAUAUGACUUCACGUCCAGUCGGCAUACGGUGGUGCACCUCGCCUGCAUCUGCCACUCAUUCCACUACAUCAAGCGCCUGUUGGAGACGCUCUUCGUGCAUCGCUUCUCCCAUGGCACUAUGCCCUUGCGCAACAUCUUCAAGAACUGCACCUACUACUGGGGCUUUGCUGCAUGGAUGGCCUAUUACAUCAACCACCCUCUCUACACACCCCCAACCUAUGGAGCUCAGCAGGUUAAAUUGGCACUCGCCAUCUUUGUGAUCUGCCAGCUUGGCAACUUCUCCAUCCACAUGGCCCUGCGGGACCUGCGGCCAGCAGGGUCCAAGACCAGGAAGAUCCCAUACCCCACCAAGAACCCCUUCACAUGGCUUUUCCUGCUGGUGUCCUGCCCCAACUACACAUACGAGGUGGGGUCCUGGAUUGGCUUUGCCAUCAUGACACAGUGUCUCCCAGUGGCCCUCUUCUCCCUGGUGGGCUUCACCCAGAUGACCAUCUGGGCCAAGGGCAAGCACCGCAGCUACCUGAAGGAGUUCCGAGACUACCCGCCCCUACGCAUGCCCAUCAUCCCCUUCCUGCUCUGAGCGGCUCCCCCCACUCAGGCUCAGGCAAGCUGGGCUCUGUCCCCCUGCCCCGCCCCAGUGUCAUCCUGGGGGAGGGGUGGGAACUGUUGCUCUCUAGUGCCUGGAAUAAAACCUGCCUGCCCAGCUGGA